AUGAAAUCUCAACUUCCCUGGACUCUAACCUUUCAUCUCUGGGUGUCACUUGCACAGGUAGUUCUCGGAGAACCAAUCCCUGCUCCCACGGGCAAGUACAAUGUCGGUGCCCAGCGUUUUGUUGUUCCUUUCGUGAACGAGGAAGACCUCGUGUGGCCGAAUGGUGUCGAAACUGAAUAUCUCGUCACACUGUACUAUCCUACGUCAGACCCAAAGCCUUGUCCGAAGCCAUACCUGCAGGCCGAGCUUGCUGAGCUUUACGCUUCUCUGUGGAGCUACAACAUCUCCCACCUGACUUCGACAGUGCGAUGGAACGCUUCUUAUCUGAACGAAGGAACAGGGCCAACUCUUCUCUUCGGGCCCGGUGGCUGGGCUUCGACUGAUGGCAACUACAUUGUUAUUUCCGAUCUUGUCUCUUACGGCUACGUUGUGGCUACAUUUGACCACGUCUAUGAACAGCCCUUUGUGCGAUACCCCAAUGGCACCGGUGUCUACGGCCUCUCGCCGGCUUUCAGUAGCCCCGGUAAUGAUUGGAACGAGAAGCUGCACGCCACCAGGGUCAAGCACCAACUGCAUUUCGUAGACUACUUCCCCUCUUUGGUGGAAAGCCUCAAGGCGCCUUUCAAGACCGAUAACUUUGGCGCGUUCGGUGUGUCCCUCGGAGGCUCCGCUGCUCUGACUGUGGCUCUGGAGAGCGACGCGGUAGCUGCCGCCAUCAACGUAGACGGUGCAAACUGGGGUCGGUUGAACAGGACCUCGGACUCGGAUCUGAAAAAACCGUCAAUGAUCCUUGGUUUCCAAAAUCAUAAUGCGAACUCCGAUCGCACCUGGAACAACUACCGCGCGUGGCAAACGGGAUGGUGGCGUCUGUUAUCUGUAGAUGGUACUACGCAUAGUGACUGGUCCGACCUGACAUUUUGGAAGAUUUUCGGCACAACCCGCGCAUCGGGCACCAUUGACGGCAACAGAAUGGUCAAGAUCUCUAGAACGUUCAUCAGGGCCUUUUUUGAUAAAACUUUGCUUGGCGCUGAGCAGCCGCUUCUGGAUACUCCUUCGAAUGACUUCCCUGAAGUGCACUGGGAUGAGGUACAUAAUGGAGUUUAA